GUGCCGCUGCAACAAUAGCGAACAUGUGAGUGAAGGUCAUUAGAAACGUCAAAAUUGAAUAACAAACAAGUCGCAAAAAUAAUUCGCUUUUGUUUGGAUUUAUUUGUUAUCUGUGAAUCCAAAUAUUGAAUUUAAUUCUAUCCUAGGCAUUUAAUCUGAGUGUUGCUAUGACUGAGCUGGAGAACAUAAAUCCCCAUGUGUACCGCAAGUGCGAAGACCGAAGGCUCACUAAAGAUGAUGAAAAUGACGAUGUCGUAGAUCUGUUUGACGAGCGGGAGAUUUUUGAUAUCAUUCGCAACAUCAACGACCCGGAGCAUCCGCUAACGCUGGAAGAGCUGCAUGUGCUGGAGCAGAGCCUGAUUAAGGUGGACAACGAAAAGAACACCGUCAGAGUGCUAUUCACCCCGACGAUACCGCACUGCAGCAUGGCGACAUUGAUUGGACUCUCCAUACGGGUCAAGUUGCUGCGAGCGUUGCCCCCGCGAUUCAAAGUUUCGGUGGAGAUCAACCCGGGAACGCACGCUUCGGAGAAUGCCGUCAACAAACAGCUGGCCGAUAAGGAACGGGUUGCCGCCGCCCUCGAGAACUCGCAUCUGAUUGAAGUUAUCAACCAGUGCAUUGCAGUUCCGAUGCAGUGAGGACCGCGUUGGGGAAUGGGGUGUUUCGUUUUAAGCUAUGACGGUUUAUGGAAAAUAAUACACUACUUGUUUUUAUUUUA